CGGCCAGGGCGCGGCGGGCGGCCCCGUGUCCAGCCGGCCCCGCCAACUUGGGCUCGGCUGGGGCCCGCGCCCUUAGGGGUUAAACCUUUCUCACGUUCCCGAGCGGCUUAUAAGGAGGGGGAGGCCCAGCCUCCGCCUUAUUGGGAGCCUUUUGGGGUUUAUUCUCCUCCCUUCUAACUUGAUUAAGAAUGGUCCAAACGAAAUCCCAGUUUUGUUGCAGAGCCAAUGUCUACACCCAAGUGCCUGACGGAGGAUGGGGCUGGGUCGUCGCAGUUUCUUUUUUCUUCGUUGAAAUCUUUACCUACGGCAUCAUCAAGUCCUUCGGCAUUUUCUUUAACGACUUAAUGACCAGUUUCAAUGAAUCCAAUAGCAGGGUCUCAUGGAUAGUAUCGAUUUGUGUGUUUGUCAUGACAUUCACAGCGCCCCUCUCCACGGUCCUGAGUGCGCGGUUCGGCCACCGGCUGGUGGUGAUGGUCGGAGGGCUGCUGGUCAGUGCGGGGAUGGUGGUAGCAUCCUUCACGACCCAGGUCUACCAGAUGUACCUCGCCAUCGGCCUUCUCUCUGGCUUGGGGUACUGCUUGACCUUCCUCCCCACGGUCACCAUCCUGUCUCUGUACUUUGACAAGAAACGGUCCAUGGUCACGGCGGUCGCCUCCACGGGAGAGUGCUUUGCCAUGUUCGCCUUUGCGCCAGCCCUGACGGCGCUGAAGGAGCGCAUCGGAUGGCGGUACAGCCUCCUCCUGGUGGGCCUCCUGCAGCUCAACAUCUGCGUGUGCGGCGCGCUGCUGAGGCCCAUCGUCAUCCGGCCGCCCCCCGCCGCCGCCCCCGGCGCCCCCGAGCCGCGCCAGGAAGCGCAGUUCAUGAUGGACAACGAGAAGACGCGCACGUCCAUCGACUCCAUCGACUCGGGCGUGGAGCUGCCCACCUCCCCGCGGCACCUGCCCCCCGCCGGGCACUCGGAGCUGGAGGCGCCCCCGGGGGGCCGGGCGACCACCUCCACCGCCGCCAACGCCAAGGCCCCGCUCCUGGACUUCUCCAUCCUGCGCGAGAAGAGCUUCAUCUGCUACGCGCUGUUCGGCCUCUUCGCCACCCUGGGCUUCUUCGCCCCUUCCCUCUACAUCAUCCCCCUGGGCAUCAGCCUGGGCAUCCAGCCCGAGCGCGCCGCCUUCCUGCUGUCCGCCAUGGCCAUCGCCGAGGUCUUCGGCCGGGUCGGGAUGGGGCUGGUGCUCAACCGCGAGCCCAUGCGCAAGAUCUACAUCGAGCUCGUGUGCGUGGUCCUGGUCACCGUCUCGCUCUUCGCCUUCACCUUCGCCUCCGAGUUCUGGGGCCUCAUGUGCUGCAGCGUCUUCUUCGGGUGCAUGGUGGGCACCGUGGCGGGCACCCACAUCCCGCUGCUGGCCGAGGACGACGUGGUGGGCAUCCAGAAGAUGUCUUCGGCCGCGGGGGUCUAUGUCUUCAUCCAGAGCAUCUCAGGGCUGGCCGGGCCGCCCCUUGCAGGGCUGCUGGUGGACCAGAGUAAGAUCUACAGCCGGGCCUUCUACUCCUGCGCGGCGGGCAUGGCCCUGGCCACGCUGUGCCUGGCGCUGGUGAGACCCUGUAAAACGGGGCUGUGCCAGCGCCCCCACACUCAGGAGCCCAAGACGGAGGGGCUGCACGCGAAGGACGUUCCCGAAGACUUUCUUGAAAUGGACCUUGGGAAAAGUGAGCCGAAAGUUCAGAAGAAAACGGAGCUCGUAUGAUGCGCAGCGAUGGACCUUAGGACAUCCACCG